CUGAGAGUCCAAGCAACACUCUUGCAAGAUGAUGAGGAGAAAGUGGCUGUGGAAGAAUCAUUCCGAUCAAAAACUAUUCCCGAUUAUGAAAGGAAAAUGAACAAUGAGGAAUCUUCCAGCAGGUUGGAGAGAUGGGUUGUUAAAUUUGAACAGUCAAUUAAUAUUUUGCUUACAGAGGCAGUGAUAAAGAUACUGGAUACUCUGUACCAUGAUCGACACUAUGCAAGGUUUUUUGUAUUGGAAACUAUUGCAAGAGUUCCUUAUUUUGCCUUCAUUUCUGUUCUGCAUAUGUAUGAGAGUUUUGGAUGGUGGAGAAGAGCAGAUUAUCUUAAAGUGCACUUCGCUGAAAGCUGGAAUGAAAUGCACCAUCUUCUUAUAAUGGAAGAACUAGGGGGCAAUGCUUGGUGGUUCGACCGCUUUCUUGCUCAACAUAUUGCAAUCUUUUAUUACUUUAUGACAGUUUUGAUGUAUGCAAUAAGCCCAAGAAUGGCAUAUCAUUUAUCUGAAUGUGUGGAGAACCAUGCAUAUACAACUUAUGACAAAUUUCUCAAGACACAAGGAGAGGUGCUGAAAAAAUUGCCUGCUCCUGAAGUUGCUGUGAAAUAUUACACUGGGGAUGAUUUAUACUUGUUUGAUGAGUUUCAAACCGCAAGAGUUCCCAAUACCCGAAGGCCAAAAAUAGAGAAUUUGUAUGACGUGUUUGUGAACAUCAGAGAUGAUGAGGGAGAACAUUGCAAGACAAUGAAGGCUUGCCAGACUCAUGGAAACCUUCGCUCUCCUCAUUCGUAUCAAGAGGAUAACCUUGAAGCGGAUCCAGGCUGUGUCCUGCCCCAGGCAGAUUGUGAAGGUAUUGUGGAUUGUAUAAAAAAAGUCAUUUAG